AAGGCACUCAUCUGAAUCUUUUGAUUCUUCUUUCAUUCUCUGCGUUCUCACUUCCCAGUUCCCGUUCACUUUCGUUUAGGGUUUCAUACUUCAAUUUUUCGACGCCGUCGUCGAUUGCCGCCUAUCGCUCGCUCGCUCGCGGAGCCUUGUGAGUUUGACAACCCUCGCCUUGCGGUGUUGCCGUACUUUCGCCAGUUCGCUGCUUGCCCAUCGCUCUCUCGCUCGAGUCGCUCGUCGUCUGAUUCUUCUCUCAUUCUCUGCGUUCUCACUUCUCAUUCACUUUCGUUUAGGGUUUCGCUUUGGUCGUCGUCGACUGCCGCCCAUCACUCGCUUGUUGCUUCGGCUUCACGAACCACGGAACCAGGAUUUGUGGAGGUACUGUUUGGCGUCUUUGAGCUCAAUUGUUUGAGGAAGUUGCAGAUAUGGCAACUCUUGCUGAUUCAUUCCUGGCAGACCUUGAUGAACUAUCUGACAACGAUGCUGAUCUUCUUGAUCAAGAUGAUGUGGAUGCUGAAAACAUGGAAGAAGAUAUUGAUGGGGAUUUGUUAGAUUUAGAAACUCUUAAGUAUGAUGAUUUGGAUAGUGUUUCAAAAUUGCAGAAAUCUCAGCGGUACAUUGAUAUUAUGCAGAAAGUUGAAGAUGCACUAGAGAAGGGGUCCGAUAUGUCAGAUCAUGGAAUGGUUUUGGAAGAUGAUCCUGAAUACCAGUUGAUAGUUGAUUGUAAUGCAUUGUCGGUUGACAUUGAGAAUGAAAUCAUCAUCAUCCAUAACUUCAUUCGUGAUAACUACCGUUUGAAAUUUCCUGAACUUGAAUCACUUGUGAAUCACCCUAUUGAUUAUGCUCGAGUUGUUAAGAAGAUUGGCAAUGAAAUGGAUUUAACUCUUGUUGAUUUGGAAGGGCUUGUACCUUCAGCUGCCAUUAUGGUUGUAUCUGUAACAGCAUCAACAACGAGUGGCAAACCGCUUCCUGAGGAAAAUCUUAAAAAAACCAUAGAUGCGUGUGAUCGUGCUCUUACUCUUGACUCAGCAAAGAAAAAAGUCCUUGACUUCGUAGAGAGUAGAAUGGGAUAUAUAGCACCGAAUCUUUCUGCUAUAGUUGGCAGUGCUGUUGCUGCUAAACUAAUGGGGACAGCGGGUGGUCUCUCAUCUUUAUCUAAGAUGCCUGCUUGUAAUGUUCAGCUUCUUGGUGCCAAGAGGAAGAAUUUAGCAGGAUUUUCCACUGCAACUUCCCAAUUUCGUGUAGGUUACCUGGAGCAAACAGAGAUAUUUCAGAGCACACCUCCAUCAUUAAGAAUGCGUGCCUGCCGACUUUUAGCAUCGAAAUCAACACUUGCAGCACGAAUUGAUUCUUCCAGGGGAGAUCCAACAGGGGGCAAAGGAAGAAGUUUCCGUGAGGAGAUUCAUAAGAAGAUUGAAAAAUGGCAAGAACCACCUCCUGCAAAGCAACCUAAACCUCUUCCAGUUCCUGAUUCUGAACCUAAAAAAAAGAGAGGUGGGCGUCGGCUAAGGAAGAUGAAGGAAAGAUAUGCUGUAACGGACAUGAGGAAGCUGGCCAAUAGGAUGCAAUUUGGUGUACCUGAGGAGAGUUCCUUAGGGGAUGGACUGGGGGAAGGAUAUGGAAUGCUUGGUCAGGCUGGGAAUGGCAAGUUACGUGUAUCAGUUGGUCAGAGCAAACUGGCUGCCAAAGUUGCUAAGAAGUUCAAGGAAAAGAAUUAUGGAAGCAGUGGUGCUACAUCUGGUUUGACGUCUAGUUUGGCGUUUACACCUGUGCAGGGGAUUGAACUCUCAAAUCCACAGGCUCAUGCAAAUCAGCUUGGCAGUGGAACUCAGAGUACAUACUUCUCUGAAGUAGGAACAUUUUCAAAGAUAAAAAGGACUUGAAUUGCUCAAGCUUGAUGUGCAUCGCCUGCUUCUAAUCAAUCUGCACGUUUUAAAGUAGGAGCAAAUUGUGUCAAUUUGUUAAGAAAGCUGAUUAGAGGAAGUUCUACUUUACAUCUUGCCUCAUCAUGUAUUAGGAGGUAGAUUUCUAGCGGUGCUUUGGGCUUGAUGGGUGGCCUUUUAUAAUGGUUUGCUUCUGCUUUUAUUUGGAGGAAGCAAUUGAUCCUUGUAUAAUCAUGCUGAGUUUCAUUUGACUGAAGUUAAGAAGCUGCUUUGUAAAUUUUUUUCUGUUGUUCAUCCCUUCUGAUGAUAUAAACAAUUCAGUUGAGUUAUUUAAAUGCAGUAUCAUUUGAAGUAAGUAAUUUAAAUCAUGAGGAAGAAGCUAAGCAAAA